AUGAGAGAGAGAGGUCAAACAGCCAACUCCAGUGAGGAAGAGUCUCAAGGACGGUCUCAUGAUGAGGAGAAGGCUGGGGUUCCCGAUACGUUCCCAGACGGGAGUGCGCAGGCAUGGCUAGUCGUUCUGGGAGCAUUCUUUGGACUAUUUUGCAGCUUUGGUUGGACAAACUGCGUUGGCGUGUUCCAGGCAUACUACGAGACCCAUCAGCUGAGAUCCUUCUCGCCGAGCACAGUGUCGUGGAUAUCGUCUCUUAACACGUGUGUGCUAUUCAUCUCCGUGUUUGCAGCUAACCACUUUGCUUGGCGAAAGACUCCCUUUGUUGGAAAGCUCUUCGACCACUUUGGCCCCCGUAGUCUGCUUCUGGUCGGUACCUUUCUGCACGUCUUCGGCUUGAUGAUGGCGUCCAUCUCGUCCAAAUAUUACCAGUUCAUCCUGUCACAAUCCAUCUGCAGCCCGAUCGGCGCAAGCAUGAUCCUGCAGCCUAGUUUCGCUUGCGUCGCGACCUGGUUCCGGAGCCGAAGAGCCCUGGCAAUGGGCAUCACGACCAGCGGGUCAAGCUUGGGGGGGACCGUCAUGCCAAUCAUGGUCGAUCGGUUGAUGAACCAAAUUGGAUACGGCUGGACCAUGCGUACGUGUGCAUUCCUCAUGUUCGGGCUGCUCAUCAUCACAAAUCUCACCGUCAAGUCGCGGCUGGCUCCUCAACCACAAGAUGCCGGCCCGUGGGACUUUUUCCGAGCGUUCAAGGAUCCGGCCUUUUCACUUACAGCGCUGGCUGGGUUCUUCUACUCCAUGGGCAUGUUCAUCCCCAUCAUCUUCAUGGUAACGUAUGGAGUUCAUGUGGGCAUGUCUACAUCUCUGGCUGGGUAUCUUGUUUCGAUAUUCAAUGCUGCCAGGCAAGUACCAAACAUCACCAACAGAUGGGCCGCACCGUGUCCAGUGUUCACACAUUUCACCCGCUACAGUUGUGCAGAACGUGUUGAGGAACUAACUCGUGUAUUCUACAGUGGAGUCGGUCGUAUUAUUUCCGGGCAUGUUGCUGAUAGAGCAGGCAACUACAACAUCUCAAUCCUCGCCGCUUGCCUUUCAACCAUUUUCACUCUGGCUCUCUGGCUUCCUGGCCACAGCAGUGCAACUGCCAUUGCAUUCUCCGCCCUCUUCGGCUUCAGUUCUGGCACAUAUACAGCGUUGGCCCCUGCGCUUAUAGCUCAGAUAACCGACAUUCGCGAUAUCGGCACACGUUCUGGAGCCAUUUACGCGUUCGUGUCCAUCGCCGGCUUGAUGGGGGGUCCCAUUGGCGGCGGCCUCAUCACGGCUGCAGGAGGCAGCUAUUGGCAGCUGCAGGUCUUUGGCGGUGUCAUGCUCGGUGUUGGCACUCUCUUUUUUGUUGCCUGCAAGCUUCACUUGGCAAAGUGGCGCCUGUUUACAAAGGUGUAG